AUGGCUAGUAGCAAUCACAGUACUAAUUGUGUUAAUACCUCAGAUGAGGAGGAAUUUUCCUCCAAUGAGGAAUCUAGCUCAGAUAGCACAGAGACAACAAAAUCUGCACUGGGAAAUCUGAGACUGGAUGAACUUCAAAUCCUCCAAGAUGGUCUAAAUGAUUGGAAGGAAGCUGACACAAACAAAAGGGCCUCACUGAUGGUGGGCAUGUGGAACAAAAUCAAAUGGCUGGAUGCCAACAAGAGCUGCAAACAAAAUGAAUGGAAUAGAAAACAGACAGCCAUCAAGAACUGGAUGUAUAACAACAGUCGGUCCCAUGCAUGGAAGACUCUGGUCAAGUAUGGCUCUAAAUGGAUGGCCCUAAAGGUGAUUAAGCUGCAGUCUAUGAUCAAACACUAUCAGCCAGCCAUUCAGAAGGUAGUCCAGUCAUUGACCAAGGCUGAAUUGGACCAGGCAGCCUGUUUGGUGAAAGAGUGGAAUGAGAGAAAGCCGCCACCCAAAGCCCAGGCAGAGGCAGCAACAAGAAAGGGCCAGAAGUAUGCAAAACAGUCUGCAUAA